UCUCUCAUUCAUCAACUCCCAUUAUCUCCAUCACUUCCUGCUUCUUCCUUGAUCGGUAAGCCAUGGUUGGAUUUGACGUCGGUUCCGUUCCUUUUAACUCCGACGGCUGGGGUCCAUUAGAAUCCUCGUCUCCUAAUCUUCCCAACCAUGCCACCAACGUUCCUUUCGCCCCUUUCUCUCGCUCCGAUAAGCUCGGCAGAGUAGCAGAUUGGACUCGCAACUAUCAGCCCCGAAACCCUCGUAAUCCAUCAGAAUCCGUAUUCGAUUUCACCGGAGACGAGUCUUUCGGCGGUGUCGCCGGCGAAGACGACGCCUCUUUCCGUCUAGUUGAUGGAAAACCACCUCCCCGUCCUAGAUUCGGCCCUAAAUGGCGCUUCCAUCAGCAACGCAAUCAGCUUCCGCAGCGACACGAUGAGGAGGUUGAGGCGAAGAAACGUGAAGCUGAGAAAGAGCGUGCUCGUCGCGAUCGACUCUAUCAUCUUAAUCGAUCUGGUGGUCAACGUCGUGAGGCGGCUGUUUUCAAAUCAUCUGUCGAAAUUCAGCCUGAAUGGAAUAUGCUUGAUCAAAUUCCUUUCUCUACAUUCUCUAAGCUCUCAUUCACCGUCCAAGAACCGGAAGAUCUUCUCUUAUGCGGCGCUCUGGAGUUCUACGAGCGUAAUUACGACCGCAUUACGCCGAAGAACGCUAGACCACUUGAGCGAUUCAAAAACAGAAACUUUUUCAAGGUAACAACCACUGACGACCCUGUGAUUCGUAGACUUGCUAAUGAGGAUAAAGCAACUGUAUUUGCCACCGAUGCAAUCCUCUCAACUCUGAUGUGCGCACCCAGGUCAGUUUAUUCAUGGGAUAUCGUGGUUCAGAGAGUUGGAAACAAGUUAUUCUUUGAUAAGAGAGAUGGGUCUCAACUAGAUUUGUUAGCUGUUCAUGAAACAUCCCAAGAACCCUUACCUGAAUCCAAGGACGAUAUCAAUUCCGCUUAUUCGUUAAGCGUUGAAGCUGCUUAUAUCAACCAGAAUUUCUCACAGCAGUGUCUGAACAGAGACGGUAACAAGGUUUCAUUCGAUGAACCCAAUCCAUUCGCAACAGAAGGAGAAGAUGUUGCAUCUGUCGGUUACAGGUACCGUCGAUGGAAGCUCGACAACGAUAUGUAUCUGGUUGCUCGAUGCGAGGUCCAGAGUGUUAUGGAAGUUAACAACCAGAGGUCAUUCCUUACACUGAAUGCACUCAACGAGUUUGAUCCAAAAUACUCGGGUGUCGACUGGAGGCAGAAGCUGGAGACUCAAAGAGGAGCUGUAUUAGCUACUGAAUUGAAGAACAAUGCUAAUAAAUUGGCUAAAUGGACUGCUCAAGCACUGUUGGCAAGUGCGGAUAUGAUGAAGUUGGGUUAUGUUUCUAGGGUUCAUCCCCGCGAUCAUUUCAAUCAUACCAUAUUGGCUGUUGUUGGUUAUAGACCUAGAGAUUUUGCCUCGCAGAUUAAUUUGAACACUGCAAAUAUGUGGGGUAUUGUGAAAUCAAUUGUGGAUGUGUGUAUGAAGUUGAAAGAGGGGAAAUAUGUGCUUGUGAAGGAUCCUUCUAAGCCACAAGUGAGGAUUUAUGAGGUUCCGGCUGAUGCAUUUGAAAAUGAUUACGUUGAGGAGCCUCUACCCGAGGAAGAACAGGUUCAGCCACUUUCAGAGGUUGAGAAUGGUGAAGAAACCGAAACAAGUGCAGCAGCUGCAGCAGCCACAGACAUUGUUGAUGACAAAGUGAUUUCAGCAGCAGCAACUGAAGCAGCUUAACUAUUAUACAUUUUGGGAACAAGAAAACAGUUUGAAUGAAGAAGGCGAAUGAGUUGGUAUGGUAGAUGAUUUCUUUCUUCUUUUACACCAUGAACUUGCAUCUGAUCUGUCUGUGGUUUUCUUUUCUCUAGGAUUUAUUUAAACUCUGUUUUGAUUUGUAUUGUAUUUUAAGACAAGAUAGACAUGGUUGUUGGUUUAUUUGAUUGAGAAUUAUGACCAUAUGUUCUGUUUUUUUUUAUUUGUUACAAAAUUGUCUAUGUUUUUGUGCUUUUUCUGUU